AUGAUUGUGCACUCCACCAUGACACGUACUUUCCAGCAGACACCGAUCGUGCGAGGUCGCGGCCUCAUUUCCAACGUAAUAGAAAAUCUCCCUUUCGAAGCCCACAUCCCAGGUUACAAUUUCUGUGGCCCGUCAGCCAAACUGCAAAAGCGUCUUCAACGAGGAGAUGUUGGUAUAAAUCCACUUGACGAACUUGACGAAUUUUGCAAACAACACGACAUUUUCUAUUCUCAGCAGAAAGAUCUCACUGCGCGUCAACAAGCGGACAAACUUUUGGCUGAUCAAGCUAUACAGCGAGCCUUCGCAUCCGACAGCUCUUUUGGAGAACGAAUGGCAGCUUUGGGAGUUGCUGGAGCAAUGAAAGCUAAAAAAAGAUGGGUUUUGGCCUGCGAAAACAUCGUACACAACAAAGAAAGAAACGUUUGA